UUUAAGCGGGAAACCACACGGGCUCACAAGGGGAAGCCAUUGGAGGGAAAAGCCCUAGCUGGACUAGAUUUUCAGCUCUUGAGAAAUGCCUCCCAGAAAGAAAUCAAACCCAUUGUCUUCAACAUCAAGGAAAUCGAAUUCGAAUCAACACACGCAGCCUUAGAAGUUCGGAACCCAACAUUUCUCUGAACGCCACUCCCAAUCUCAGAUCCUCAAAAACGCCACCGUUCCGAGCCACCAGAACCCUAAACCCUCUGCCGUUCCUGCAACGUCUCCUCGCUCCGCCACUGAGAGUGACUCUGAAAUUGAUCGAAAAUCAGUAGCGAACAACACGAGGGGUGCCGUCAAAGAGGGAACACCCUUCGGGUUUAUCUCUUGAAUUUAAUUUAGGGAGCUGUUCUAAGUGACUAUGGGGCUGCACUUACCAAGACAUUGUUGUAUUUUGAGGCUCAAAGGUCUGGAAAGUUGCCACCUGACCAAAGAGUUCAAUGGCGUGGAGAUUCAGGGCUCAAUGAUGGUGCAGAUUCCGGAAUUAAUCUUGUGGGAGGCUACUACGAUGCCGGUGACAAUGUAAAGUUUGGGCUUCCAAUGGCGUUCACUAUGACAAUGCUGGCAUGGAGCGCAGUUGAUUUCGGUGAUCAUCUUAGUUCAAGAAAUGAACUCUCAAAUGCAUUGGGAGCAAUCAGAUGGGGCACAGAUUACUUGAUCAAUGCACACCCAGAUCCGGAUGUUUUGUACGGAGAAGUUGGGGAUGGUUACUCUGAUCAUGACUGUUGGCAGAGACCAGAGGACAUGACAACCCCAAGAACUGCAUACAGGAUUGAUGAUCAACACCCUGGUUCAGACCUCGCUGCAGAAACUGCUGCUGCUCUUGCUGCUGCUUCCAUUGCUUUCAGGCAAACUGAUCGGCAGUAUGCUAAUCAGCUUCUUGGUCAUGCAAAGCAGUUGUUUGAGUUUGCUUGUAAUCACCAAGGACUUUACCAGAACAGCAUAGGAGUUGCAGGGGGUUUCUACUCCAGCAGUGGAUAUGAGGAUGAAUUAGUGUGGGCAGCUGCAUGGCUUCACCGUGCAACCAACGAUGGAAAAUACCUAGAUUUCCUCAGUACAAGAGGCACCGAUGGCACAAGAUCUGAGUUCUCUUGGGAUGAUAAGUUUGUGGGUGCGCAAGUUCUUAUUGCAAAGCUAGUUUUGGAGGGGAGAUUACAGAAGAGUUCAGGGACAUGGGGACAAUACAAGAACCAGGCAGAGCAAUUCAUAUGCUCCUGCCUUCAAAAGGGCAACAGCAAUUUGGGAAGGACUCCAGGAGGUUUGUUAUGGAUUCAUCAAUGGAAUAACUUCCAAUAUGUCGCCGCUGCUUCCUUCAUCGCCUCCGUUUACAGCGACUAUCUUCAAACAAGUAGUGCCUCCAUCCAAUGCCCCGGUGGCAGCGUUGGGCCAUCCGACCUAAUCUCAUUCGCCCAAUCGCAGGUAGAUUACAUGUUGGGUUCAAACCCGAAGAACAUGAGCUACAUGGUUGGAUACGGGUCGAAGUAUCCAACCGAAGUUCAUCAUAGAGGAGCGUCUAUUAUAUCAAUAAAGAAAGACCCUACACCCGUGACUUGCAGAGGUGGAUACGGAUCUUGGUUCAAUCAGAAUGGCCCAAACCCGAAUGUGCUGGAUGGAGCAAUAGUCGGAGGCCCGGAUCAAAGUGAUGGGUAUUAUGACUCCAGAAACAAUUUUCAACAAGCCGAACCGGCUACCGUUAAUGUGGCGCCUUUUACCGGCGUUCUUGCUCGGUUAGCUUGAAUUUCUCCUUAUAAAUCAAUAAUUAAAUAUUAAUAAAAUAGAAUUAUUAGCUUA